UCAGGACUAUGCCACUCAGUAAUAACACUGUCUCGAACAGAAUAGAUGAAAUGGGGCAAGAUGUUGAAAGCCAGCUCAUUGAGAAAUUAAAAUUGCGUAAGUUUUCAUUACAAAUGGACGAAUCCACAAUCCGGGACAGUGAGGCUCUGUUAUUGACUUAUGUGAGGUAUAUUGACCACGAGGAGUUUCAGGAAGAGAUGCUGUUCUGCGAAUCGUUUGAAACCACCACAACUGCAAAUGAUAUUUACAUCAAAAUCAAACAUUAUUUGGAUGCAAACAAAAUACCAAAGGAAAACUUACUGGCAUGUGCGGCAGACGGUGCACCUGCCAUGAUGGGCAAGAAUACGGGAUGCUUAAAAAUGAUGAAGGAUGAAAAUCCAAACAUGUUGACUGUCCAUUGUGUAAUACACCGAGAAAACUUGGUUGCCAAGAAAUUGUCCCCUGUUCUUAACAAGAUUCUUCAAAGUGUGAUCAAGUGUGUCAACAGCAUUAAAAGAAAUUCUAAAUCUGAACGUCUUUUUAAGCAGUUUUGUAUAAAUCAAAGUGCCGAACAUGUUCGAUUAUUGCUUCAUACAGAAGUAAGAUGGCUAUCAAGUGGAAACUGCUUAAAGAGGUUCAUGGAAUUAUUUGAUCAGAUUAACGACUUUCUUAGUGAUAAAUGUGAAAUGAAAUUGCUGUCAACAACGGAUGGAAAAGCAUUUGUCAGUUAUUUGACAGACAUAUUUGAGAAACUUGGAAACUUGAAUAAACAACUUCAAGGUGCAAACAUGACACUUAUUGAUGCAAAAGCAACGACUGAAAUUAACAAAGUUGUCUCCUCAAAUUAAAAACUUGUGCUGUAUGCAUCAGGCACAGGGUUCUCACUAAAUUAGUCGAGCUGACCGUCAAAUAAUUGAACUGAAAAAACGUGUUUCUUUAUUCUUUAUAAAUUGACAUUUUUUAAAAACAUGAGAAAUCGUAAUAAUUUUAUCGAUUUAUUGGGUGUUAUGCACUUUCAGUGCCUGUUGUUUCAAUUCUCAAACUAUUUUUUUGUAUUUUGAAUACAAUUUUUUAAUUUUUGA